CACCACAGACACUGCUCCUUCUCUCCACCUCCAUCCGCAGCUCCGCGCACGGACACCGCUCCUUCCUCCGCCCCUUGGAUAAAGCGCCAUGGCCAGAGCGUGCGUGAUCAGGUCCUCGUCUUCAUGAACGCCCGUUUGGAAACAGAGGAUUAAGUUACUGUUGUUGGCGGUGGAUUAUUUGAUUGGCCUUCUCCUGUCACGAGCCUUUGGUGAUCCCUUUUCCAAUUAAGAAGGUCUGCGGUCCAAAAGAGUCGAGCCAUGUCCUUCCGCCGAGUUGUGAGACAGAGCAAAUUCCGGCACGUCUUCGCCCAAGCGUGGAAAACGGAGCACUGCCUGGACGACGUGCGCGUGUCCCGGGUCACGUGGGACAGCCCCCUGUGUGCGGUCAACCCCAAAUUCAUAGCUGUUAUCAUCGAGGCGGCGGGAGGGGGCACGUUUCUUGUUGUUCCCAUUAAUAAGAGCGGCAGAGUUGACCAGUCCUGGCCGACCGUCUGUGGUCAUCACGCUCCGGUGCUGGACGUCCAGUGGUCUCCUCAUGAUGACAAUAUCGUCGCAAGUGCCUCCGAGGACAACACGGUGAAGGUGUGGCACAUCCCCGACGGAGGACUCACCAAACCCAUGACCGAGGCCGUCGUGACGCUAGAAGGACACAGCAAAAGAGUCGGGAUCAUCGCCUGGCACCCCUCGGCUUUGAACGUCCUCCUGUCGGCAGGCUGUGAUAAUGUGAUCUGUGUUUGGAACGUGGGCACGGGCGAGCUCGUGUACCAGCUGAGCGACGCCCACCCUGACCUCAUCUACAGCGUCAGCUGGAACAAGGACGGAAGCGCCAUCUGCACCGUCUGCAAGGACAAGGCCCUGCGCGUGAUCGACCCGCGGAGGGGCACCGUGCUCAAGGUGAGGGAGAAGGUCCAUGAAGGCACCAGGCCGAUGAGAGCUGUGUUUUUAGCCAACGGGAAGAUCUUGACCACUGGUUUCAGCCGAAUGAGCGAGCGACAGGUGGCAUUGUGGGAUACGAAAGACCUCUCCGAGCCCAUGAUUGUGCAGGAGAUGGACUCCAGUAACGGAGUACUUUUACCUUUUUAUGACCCAGACACAAACAUGGUCUACCUGUGUGGAAAGGGGGACAGCACCAUCCGGUAUUUUGAGAUCACAGACGAGUCCCCGUACGUUCACUUCCUGAGUUUGUACAGCAGCAAAGAGCCGCAGAGAGGAGCUGGUUUUCUUAGUAAAAGAGGCGUAGACGUCAACAAGUGCGAAAUUGCCAGGUUCUACAAAUUGCAUGAAAGAAAAGUGGAACCCAUCUCCAUGACUGUGCCACGAAAGUCCGACCUGUUCCAGGGCGACUUGUACCCUGACACUGCCAGUCUGGAGCCCGCCCUGCUGGCAGAGGAGUGGAUCUCUGGGCAGGACGCUUCCCCGCUCCUCGUGUCUCUGAGCGGGGGGUACAGCGCCCCUCCGUCCAAACACGGCCGGGACACGCUGAGGGGAAAACCCAAACUGCUCUCACAAGACUCCGGGACGGGGACGACCGCGCCCUCCGCCCCCAGCUCCAACGUCUCCACCACCGCUGCCAAAACUGAAGAAACCCAUCACUCCAGAGCGGCGAGAGAAACGGACGGGAACAGCGAACGACCCAAGAAAGAGGAGGACCUCUUGAAUGAGCUACUAGCCGAAAUGAAGGCUUUACGUGCGGUCGUUCUGGCGCAAAACCAACGAAUCGAGCUGUUGGAACGGCAGCUCGCUCGGAUCGAAGACGGAGACGUAUGAAACGCGCCGUCUUUUUCCGACAGACCAUGGCCUUACUCGCAUCGCUCCAGCUGCAGGUGGAGGAGUAGCGUAGGCUAGUGGCUAAAAACAG